GUAUUACUUGGAGUUAUUUUUAUAAUAUUGGCAUAUCGAUUAAAUAUCUAUAUUUUUAGAAAUUGAUUUAGAAAGUUAGAAUGCUAUGAUAUCCUUAUAAUAAAUAAAUCGCAGAUGAAUUAUUGAAGGGAUUUUAUUACUCUUUUUAAUUCAGUGUAUAUAUUGUUAUGAUGGCAAAUCUCGUUCGUUUUUACCACUGGAUUUGUAUAAUGACAUUAUUUCACACAGGAGUUUCAUCUUGCCCUAGUAACAGCAGUGUGUACACAGAAAAUGGACAAACAAAAAUAUUGAAAUUCGAGGCUCCCAUAAAACAGGAAAUAGACUUCGUUAUCUACCGAGUGGCCCGCUAUGAUGGCAUAACACUCCUAGCAGUAAACUACCAACAUGGGAAAGUGAUAGGAGAACCUACCUUACAAAACUGCUCCCUGGCUGCAAGCGCAAAUAUUCAAAAUGGGCUGCUACAUAUCGAGCUUAAUCCGGUUGUUGAUGGCGACCAAGGAACAUACAAACUGACGGAAUUAAGUGAAACAACUACUGUAAUACAAUGUAUGACAUUAUACAUCCAAGAAAGCACGAGUGGAGCAGAUAGUUUGAAUAGUGCAGAUAUGUCGCUAAGAUUUGCAGUUGCGGCGGUCAUCAUUCGGUAUCUUUCACGUGAUACAACGGAACCGUGAUUAUUCUGUGUCUUUGAAAAAAUCCAAAACCAAACGAGGAAAUUCCAUCGUUUCUCUGUACAACCAACCAUAAUGGACUAGAGCACUAGUGUAGUUAUGUUUGUGCUUAUACGUUGGCAUCAUUUAAUUGUGUUUAACUUUUAGGAUUUUUUUAAAAUAGAAAAGCCUUUAAACGACCGCCUGAUUGGUGAAAUAAUGUAAACUGACUUUCUUUUAUAACAUAGGUACACUUUACUGAAGAAAUUACUUCCACCGGCACUGACACAUUUAAGUGUAUUUUGAUCUGCCUUUAAAUAAUUUAAAACAACUUAAUCGUUCAAUUCACACUUUCACUAACAUGUACACGAGUUGUUUAGUAUAAUUGCCACUGGUGCGUUUACGGGUUUAACCAUUGUCAACCUCCGAGUUUAUAUAAACGGCUACCUAUAUGAACAUUGUAAAAUUCGAAGGGCGAUAAAAAAACUUGUCAAUGUUAUACGAUACUUUCUGUGUUAUGUACUAGUAGGGAGGAUCAAUAGUAUUUAAACCUUGAAUUGCUUUUUACUGUAAAAAACUGCUGUCCUGCUCACAUGCACUAAAUCUAAAUUAAUGAUUACUAAGUAUUAAAAGUAGAAUCGCGCACCAGCGGGUAUCGAUACUGUUUGUGUUUUGUUGGGAUGAGAGUCAUUAUGUGCACGCAAACUAGUUUAACCCCCCAAGUAAUUUACAUUUUACUAACCGUUCCAAUGCGUUCCAAUUCCUAACAAUCCUUGAUAAACAUCCCUAGUUUUCUUUUUAUAUAUAGUAUAUAUGUUCUAUGCUGUUUGUGGAGUUUUGUUCUGUUGUUUCAUGUUUCUGGUUGAUAAUUGUUUGUUUUUCUAUUCUAUGUAUUUGGCGUUGACCUUGUGCCAUUAUACGGGGUUGAUGUAUAAACUUUUGACUACAGUGCUUGUUUCUGAAGUUUUUCAUAUAAAUAUUGAAUAAC